GUACAAAGAACCGCAUCUUCCAGGCAUUCAGCCAGAUAUAAUUUUGGACAGCCUCUAAUUCUUCUGGAAACAGAAAGUAAAGCAAAAAGUAGAAGUUGCAAAGAAGGAAGAUCUCCCUGUUCGAUCUUGUUUUUCUUGCUCUCCAGUCUAUAAGGACAUGGCAAUGGACUCCUCUUCAUCUUUACAGCAUGCUUUUAUUUUUAUACUCAUGGGAGGCCUGAAGGCUUUAGAAUUGGACAAAUACACUGCGGCAGUAUACGAACAUGUAGUCAUACAGCCAGAAGCCACAAUAAAGCCUGUUUCCCCUGAAGAGGCCUUAAAAUUGAUGAACCAGAAUAUGGACAUCUUAGAAGAUGCCAUCCAAAAAGCAGCAAAACAGGGAGCACAUAUCAUCGUGACUCCAGAAGAUGGCAUAUAUGGAUUUUUCUUCACCAGAGAAGCCCUUUAUCCUUACCUUGAGGACAUUCCAGACCCAGAGGUCAACUGGAUUCCAUGUACUGACCCUGAAAGAUUUGGACCUGCUCCAGUCCAAAAAAGGCUAAGCUGUCUGGCCAGGAACAAUUCGAUCUAUGUGGUUGCCAACAUGGGUGAUAAGAAGGAAUGUAGUAAUGAGGACUCAAAAUGCCCUGGCGAUGGCCACUAUCAGUACAACACAAAUGUUGUCUUUGAUUCAGAGGGAAAGCUGGUGGCACGGUACCACAAGUUUAACCUGUUUCAGCUAGAGCGUCAAUUUGAUUUCCCUAAAGAGCCUGAACCUGUAACCUUCAAUACCACAUUUGGAAAAUUUGGCCUCUUCACUUGCUUUGACAUUCUCUUCCACAAUCCCGCUGUGGCCCUCGUAAGCCAGCUCUCGGUGGACACCAUCCUUUUCCCUACAGCCUGGAUGAACGUCCUCCCACAUUUAACUGCUAUCGAAUUCCAUUCAGCUUGGGCCAUGGGCAUGCGUGUCAAUGUUCUGGCAGCUAAUACUCACAAUACUUCCUUGAGAAUGACAGGCAGUGGUAUCUACACACCAUCUGGAUCCCAAGCAUAUCAUUAUGAUGAUAAAUCGAUGAAUGGGCACCUUUUGGUUGCAGAAAUCUAUUCCCAUCCUUCUCGUUUUCCCACCUCUCUUCCUAGUAUUAACUGGAGCUUGUAUGCCACAACUAUUGACCAGUUUCAUGAGUACCCUACUUUCACUGAAUUGCUUUUCCAUGAUCCAUUCACCUUUUCUAAGCUUACAAAACAAGUUGACAAUAUUACAGUGUGCCAGAAUAGUCUCUGCUGCCAUUUAAGCUACAGGAUGAGGGAAGAACCGGUACUAGAAGAUGAACUUUAUGUGCUAGGGGCAUUCGAUGAUUUGCAUGUGGCUGAAGGACAAUAUUACUUACAGAUCUGCACAUUGCUGAAGUGUGAAGGUACACACAUUCAGACCUGUGGCAAGCCAGUCACUACUGCAGACUCCAUAUUUGAAUUCUAUUCUCUCAGUGGCACAUUUAGCACAAACUACGUCUUCCCAGAGGUUUUACUCAGUGGGAUUCGUUUGGCCCCUGGAGGGUUUCGGGUUUUGAGAGAUGGACGACUCAUCAGUCAGAACAAUAUCUCUCAGGCCCUUUUAACUGUAACACUUUUUGGAAGAUGGUAUGAACAGGAUUCACAAUAAACCCACAUUACCCAAUAUUGAGAAGAAUUUCUAAGUUGACAUCAGUAAUACUAAUCUCCAAAGCACCUGAAGGCAGGACAAGAAGCAAUGGAUGGAAGCUAACCUAAGAGAGAAGCAACCUAGAACUAAAGAAAAA